AUGCCGUCCAUACUCAACAUCGCACACAUGUGCUCCCACCUCCAAAACGCCUCCAAAGCCCGCCUCGGCCUCACCUCCAUCGCCAACAACAAAUACAACCUGCACCUCGCCCUCGCCCUGCACCGCUCUGGCUUCUUCUCCUCCGUCUACCGCGCGGGCGCCCAGCCCCCCACCGCCGAGCAAAUGGUCGCCCAGGUCCCCGAGCCCGUCACAAACGCCACCGUCGCGCAGAUGCGCAUCUGGCUCGGCCUCAAGUACUGGGAGGGCCGGCCCGUGCUGAACAAGGCCUCGGUGAUUAGCAAGCCGUCGCGGCUGAUGACUGUGGAUGUGCAGGAGCUGGGGAGGCUGACGAGGGGGUUCCCGACGAAAGUCAAGGGCGGGAUGGUGCAGGGACUGGGGGUGGGCGAGUGUAUGUUUGUUUCGACGUCGAGAGGGGUGUUGGAGGUUAGGGAGGCGUUGGCGAAGAAAGUUGGGGGUGUUUUGAUGUGCCGAGUGUCAUAA